CUGCGCAUGCGGCGUAGCCUCCCGGGACUCCCGAGCAGAACCCCAGGUUACUUCGGUGGGUUUGCUGUGUGCGGGUGUCUGCCGGUCUGGGCCGAGCUCGAACGUUCCAUCAAGGCUGCGUCUUCCCUGCCCGUUUAAGUUGCCAUUGUUCAUACGUCCACAGACUCUCGAGAGCCACAGAUUCGGGACGACCUUGGUGACUGCUUUGCAGACUACACGCACGGAUUGGACGCAAACAUUGGGUUGUAGAGGAUUUAAUUUUUCCUAGCUUUGCCUCUUGGUUACUCUAUGACCCCCCUAGUGCGAGAUUGACAGCCUCACGCCUCGACUAGACGCCAAGGGCAAAAAAAUCAGAAAGGCAGUAACUUCCCUGUUGGCUUCCAGAGGCGCAGGAAUAGGAAAUGAUUAGUCCAGGAGCACCCUAGAGAGGAGUACCUCAGGUUUCCCACAGUCCUGGCCUCAUACCGUUCCUGUAUGGCUUAGUGCCAAAAUGAGUGACCGCUAUUUAGAACAAAGGAUUAUUAUCAAGUUUUGCGUGAAAUUGAACAAGUCUGCAAGUGAGACCUACCAUCUUUUGAAAGAAGCCUAUGGGGUUGGAGUGCUGUCGAGGGCUCGAGUUUUUGACUGGCACAAAAGGUUUAAAGAAGGGCGGGAAGAUGUCCGAGAGGAUGCAGGAAGUGGUCGCCCAGUCACCCACGGGACGGAUGAAAAUACCCAGAAAGUCAAGGAGGUGGUUUGCUCCAACAAGCAGUUAGCGUUGAGAAUGAUGGCUGAAGAAUUAAAUUUAGAUAAAGACACCGUUAGACUCACUCUGAAAGAAAACUUGAACAUGAGAAAUGCCAAAGUUAUAGCGAGUAUUUUGAAGGAUGAGCAUAAACUUGAGCAAUUUGAAUUCCCACCUGACCAUUCAAAGGAGAUUAAGAAAGCCAGCUUAUAUGUGAAGAAAAGAUAACAAGCUCUGAUAUGUGGAGUCAUCUGCAGCAGAGGGCUGGUGGGGAAAUUUUUCUGCCUGUGUCAAAUCCCAGAAGCCACUCCCCCCCACACACUCAGGCCCCUGCCAGCCAGCUUCUGCAGGGGCCAUCCUCAGCAAGCAUUCCCAC